AUGGUUGGAAAAAUAAAGCGAAUACGACAAAAGCUUCAUCAGGGAGCAGUGAAGCUUGAGCAUGCCACAGCAGCUGGAUCCACACUCCCGAAUCUGGAGAAGGCUCCCACUCAAGCUGAAGUUCCAUCAUUCGGCCUCUCAGGAACAGUCAAAACCGCGUCUCUUCCACAGAGAGCAAAAACAGGUGACAGCGCUAAGGAUAUAAAGACAUUCAGUUCUUUCCCCAGUGGAAUAUUUUCUGGAACGAAAAUCACUCCUGAGUCUCUAGUUCAGACGUUGAAGUUCGACGAGCCCACACAUGUUGUUCCACCUGUCCUGCCAACUGGAGAGCCAAGAGGCUCUGAACCAAAGAAACAGCAGUCAAAGAAGGAGAAGAUGAGAGAGAGGAGAGAACGGUGGCUUAAAAAAAUUAGUGCCAUCAAACUGGCGAAGGAGCAGCAGGCUGCCCAGGCGCGGAGAAAGGCCACGCCCGUGGUGGGAGACAUGAGGCCACUGGUGGACGCCCUCCCUGAGCUCUCGCAGCUUCUCCCCACCACGAAAACCACCACGCGUAGGAAGACAAACGACCCUGUAAAGAAAAGAGCAGAGCCAACAGACUUCAGCCUAAUGAAACCGACUCAAAAACGAAAAUUCCUUGAGACUGAAACAUCCCGCUUCAGUGAAGCCAUGAAGAACCCUGCCUUCAGAACCGGCUCCCUGGCUGCUAUUGGGGAACACUUAAGAAAACGUCUCAAACAGGAGGACGAGCAGAGCCCCAGUUAACCCUGUAGACCUCUAAGAGCAUAGUACAACCCAUACCACACCGGCCCUGUCCUAAUACUGUGAUAACCACACUGGCCCUGUCCUGAGUAGUCUGAUAACCUCACUGCACCAUCCUAGUGGUCUGAAAUAUUUCUUGUCUUGUUUUUUUGGUCUUCUUGGUAUGUGAAAGCUGAAUAGAUUGUGAAAUUUCAAUGUUUCACCUAUCCAGGUCUUUUAGAUUAGUGUUAACAAGAGGAGGGAAGAGAAAGAACAAGAAACCAACUGUUAAGAACUCGACUGGGGUUAUAGACUCAGGCAGAAUGCUUGACGCAUUCAAACAGAAGGAACUGAUACUUUGAGACUCACAGGGAAAUAGAAAAAUGUUGAGUGGCUUUUUACUGGAACUAAACAUUUAUUUGGCUCCCACACUAGACACUUUUUGCUUCUUCUCUACCAUUACUAUCCUCUCAUUUCCUCGGUUUUUGAGAAGACACAAUGAGUACAACUGUGUUAUUCAGCUUUGCAGCCUUAAAUACCACAGCACAUCGCAGCCAAAAAGAAAGUACUACAAAGAAUCACAUUUUUUUUCUUUUCUU